AUGCGGUCCCGCAGAGGGGUUCCUGUCGACUCGUCCAAUCUUUCUCGAAUCACCGAUUCCGGAUUGAGAUCUCCGACAAACCGAUCUGUUGCCGGGAAAGAGGGCGAAACUCGGCCGGCAGGCGUGGUGUUCGCCGGGCCGAGGAGUAAGCCGGUCGGAGCAUCCCUGCCUCCCGAUGACGAUCCAUGGGCACUAGGCUCAGCCAGCCUGGAAUUCGGGGCCAGAUGUCGACAGCGUUUCUUCGGGUUGAUCAGCUCUCGAGCUCGACGGAACUUGGAUAUCUGGUACAACACACCUUUCGACGCUGGCAACUGGGACAAGCGCGCAGGGCCCGAGCGCGACUGCGCGACUGGGGAGUAUCGGCGAGCCAGGUAA